AGGAAGGGGACAGACAGACAGCAGAGGCAGGACUUCCUGACAGGGGAGAGAUGUCAACAGGCAGAGGAGAGGAGAGCGGAGGGCAGCGCAGCGCCCGGGGGGGAAGAUGAAGGACGCAACGCGUAUGAAGUGUCAGCUCACGGGACACACAAGUUUACUGAGAGGGGAGAGUGACGGCAGGGAGAAUUAAGAGGGAGAGGCUGGAAGAGAAGAGCGAUUCACACAACACUUCUCCCACCAUCCGAUCUUCAGCAGGUGCCGUCUACAAUGAGCUUCGGGAAGAAACGAAGUGGCUUUCAGAUUACCAGCGUCACCAGUGACUACCAACCCUCCUCGCCAUUAUCGCCGGUCUCCCCAAACCCCUCUGCACGCUCUCCGUCCCCGACACCGCCCAAUGGUCCGCGCUCGCCUCCCACUUCCCGCUUCCGCCUAGUACGCCUGGACCAGGCCUCUCUCAGCGGGGGUCGGAAGUACCAGAAAGGACGAUGGACUUGCGUGGACUUUUACCAGCUGGAGGCGGAGGCCCAGCACAGAGCGGGGGCCGGGCACUCCCUGGACUCCGGACUCCCUCGAGCUGCCCCAGUCCUACCACCCUUACUGCUUUCACCAGGGGCAAAGGGUCAGCAGGCUCCCAGGUCUCAAGGAGCACCUAUACUCACAGGAGUGACAGAAAAGGAGAAGAUCGAUCAGCUCUCUCCACUGCCAAUGUCACCCAUCAUCACCAUACAGAGUGACAGAAGCCCAAGCCGCCCAAAGUCUGACAUCUUCAACGAGAGGCUUCUGCUGGCCCAGACCGUGUUCCGGAUUGGAGAGGGGACCGAUCAGGACAGUGCGCCCAACAGUACCGGAGCCAUCGACAACAAGAUAGAACAGGCUAUGGACCUGGUGAAAACUCACCUCCUGUUUGCCGUACGCGAGGAAGUCGAGGCUUUAAAGGAACAAAUUAAGGACCUUUCAGAACGGAACAGCCACCUGGAACACGAAAAUACUCUUUUGAGGACGCUGGCUACCUCGCAGCAGCUGUCGGAACUCAACGCCCGGAUGAAGGCCAUUAGGAAAGGAGUGUGAACACAACGGAAGCGAUCGGCGGCCUCCCGUCGAUUUUCUGAUCAUGUCAGAGGUAGAAGAUAGCAGGAAGGAAAAGUGUUUUCUACUCCAGCAACCUAACUAUGGAGGAGAACAGUGCAUACCGGGCAACGACCCCUCCAAGUGUCCCCCCCGUGUGGGUCUGUAGGGUCUCUAUGGGGGGGGGCGGGGGGUGCCAUUGGGUGUAAUGAAUUUUGCAAUAAGUGACUAGACUUUAUUUACUUAAAUGCUGCAAGUAUCAGUGUACUAAUCACCUCGUAUCAAUGAGUUUGGCUAUUGGAAUGGGAGCUGGUGCCUUAAUGGUAGAGAGUAGCAACCCCCCCUCCAAAAAAAAAAAAGAUUCACUCGAUUGUUUUGACCUACUCAUUGUCAAACAAAUUCAAUCGAGUCAGAGGUUUUCUUUUAAAAGGAGGGGUCCCGAUAUUUUUGUUCUUAAGGGGUCUAUUUAUAAAAAAAUUGACAGAGCUGUUCGUCUUGGAAAAAUUGCAUGUACAGUACAUUCAUUCUGUUCUUAGGGGCACAAAAUAGAAGUGGUUUGGGAAAGUACCACAUAAUUAUUAUUAUUAUACAGGAUUUAUAUAGCGCCAACAGUUUGCCUGUGACACUACAGAAUUCUUUGGGAAAGUACCACAUAAUGACACCAGCUCCAUCUAGUGGCGUUAUGUGGUACUUUCCCAAACCAUUCUGUUUUAUCCCAAUAACAUUUGCCCCCUCAUUCGCACAGAACAAAUGACCACGCAGCGUCACGGGACAAAUAGCUCUCCAAAUUAAUAAUAAUAAAACCCCCCAAGUGUU